GGACGAACAGCAUCUGACCCAUGUAUCAAUUUGAUGUAUACACCAAAUGACCAAACAUCACGUACGAUAAUGCAAGCUUUUGCAGAUAACAAUUUCAAACGGACUGGAUACAAAUUAAACAUUGAGACUCCAAUCACUAGCCUUGACUUUAUACCAACUUCCAAGCUUGGAAUUGUUCCUGUUACUAAUGCUGACUUCAUUUACAAUUACACUUUAAAUCAUCCAAAUGUAACAAUGUUUGGUAUUGAGUUCAGUACUGUUCAAGGCCCUCCUGUGAAUUAUAGAUAUCAGAUUUGGUUUAACAGCACUCUUAUGGCAAAUAGUUCUGAUGUGUUUGGUGAACAAGUACUUUCUUUACAACGUGGAAUUGAUGAAGCUAUCGCGACGUUUAACAUUAAACUUAAGGAUUGGCCUAAAGUUCCUCCUUCUCAACUUAGUGAUCAAAUCGUAACAUCUUUUGGUGCUGUAUUUUUCUUUUGUGCUGAAAUGAUCAUUUUCAUUUCUGUUCUAAACACAAUUGUUACUGAAAAAGAACAAAAGUUAGUAGAUAGCUGGAUUAUUCUUAUGUUCUUACCAUUUUUCAAUUUUGGAAAACUUUAUUUGGAUUUAUCUAUGUUGACUUCUGGAAAACUUGAUCGAUUAACUCAAACUGUUGUCCCUGGACCAGGAUUUUCCUGGAAUGAUCUUUAUAAUACGAUUCCGGAUACUUAUCUUCCAACUUAUAGUGAUUCUAAUAUCAGACCUUCUGUACCUCCUCCAAUUCAAAGUUUUUAUUGUAUUCUUACAUGGUAUAUGGACAAAAUCAUUCCUGACGAAUUUGGAAAUUAUAAGAAUCCAUUUUUCUUUUUGACACCUGGUUAUUACGGAAUUAAAUUCAAAAAAUCGCUUGAUUUGCAAGCAUGGAUAAAUCGUGCACAGAAAGCUAGCAUUGGUAAACAUACUGAAGAAGAAGAUGAGGACGUCGCUCGUGAACGUAUUCUAGCGUUUGAUUCAACUCAUGAAUGUGUUGUUAGAAUUUGCAAUCUCAGCAAAAUUUAUCGAAAACAUUUAUUGGUUAAAAGUGUAUUUGAUAAGAUUGCUGUUAAUGAUUUAUGCUUGACUUUGAAAGAAGGAAAAUGUCUUGCUUUAUUAGGACAGAAUGGUGCAGGUAAAAGUACAUCAAUGAACAUCCUAUCCGGGCUAACUCCUGCAACAAAUGGUGACGCAUUGUUAUACGGAUAUAGCGUUCGAGGUGAUAUGAGCAAAAUUCGUAAAAUCAUGGGCGUGUGCCCUCAACAUGAUAUACUUUUUAACGAUCUGACGGCAAAAGAACAUAUUGAACUUUAUGCAGGUAUUAAAAAUAUACCUUCCGCUGAAAUUGCGAAAUUAGUCGAGGAACGGUUGGCUGCUGUACGUCUCACUAAGGUUGCUGAUAAACCGGCCGGUUCUUAUAGUGGUGGUAUGAAACGUCGCCUUAGUAUGGUAAUUUCUACUAUUGGUGAUCCUAAAAUCAUUUUUAUGGAUGAACCUACGACCGGAAUGGAUCCAGUUAAUAGACGUCAUGUAUGGAGUUUUAUUGAAAAGUUUAAACAAGGCAGGAUUAUUAUUUUAACAACUCAUUCUAUGGAAGAAGCAGAUGUACUAGGUGAUCGAAUUUGUGUGAUGGCCCAUGGUCGUUUAUGUGCUCUUGGAAAUUCUAUGCGCAUUAAAAAUAAAUUUGGUGCCGGUUAUCGUGUGUCUCUUGUCACUCACCCCAAUGAUUCACAACGUCUUAAGGAAUUGGUUGAAGUUCAAGUACCUGAUGCUAAAUUGGAAGAUGAUUCAGCUGGUUCUCUUAUCUAUGAACUUCCUUUAUCUGCCUUACCAGCUUUACCAUCAUUCAUUCAAUGGUUGGAAGAAAAUGAGGAGAUGAGCAAUAGCGAACCAGGAAAGAAACUUGUUAAAGCUUGGGGCGUAAUAUCCCUUGAUUUAGAAGCUUUGUCUUUUAUUUACGGAAAUUCUUACAGAUCUAUUUAUUACAGAAUUCGUGAUGCUAAUUCCGACGGCAAUAACGGUUUAAGACUUCGUACUACUAAAAAUAAAAAUAAUUUAAUCUUACAAACGAAUUUAUAUAUGGUGCGAAUUCGUCAAAUUUUUAUAAGUAGUGCUGAAAAUUUUGCUGAUCAUUACUUAUAA